AUGACCCAGCUCUCCCUCCUCCGCACUCUGCUGCUCCCUGGCGUCCUCGGCCGCGGGCCAGACGACCCGCACGACGAGCACGACCCGCACAACCGCGUCACGACCAGCACCAUCAAGUUGCAGGCCUCCGGCGGCGUCUCGUGCCCUCACCCGGCUGUCAACACAGUCUGGCCGACGCCGACGGGCAGCACCUCAUACCCGACAGCGUCGGUCAUCCCGGCCGGCGCCGUCUUCGACGGCCGCAUGGCCCUCUUCGACCGCAAGGGCAGCCCCGGCGACUGCAGCGGCCAGAAGGAGCAGGACGAGGCCGCCGCCGUCUUCAUCCUCGAGCCCGGCGCCACGCUGCGCAACGCCAUCAUCGGCCCCGCCCAGGCCGAGGGCGUCCACUGCCGCGGGCCUUGCACCAUUGAGAACGUCUGGUGGGAUGACGUCUGCGAGGACGCCGCCACCUUCAAGGGCGCCGGCCCGCGUUACGUCCGCGGCGGUGGCGCCCGCGAGGCCAGCGACAAGGUCUUCCAGCACAACGUGGGCGUCAACCAAAAUUAUGGAGACACCGCCGAGCUGUCAAACUACUGCCUGGCCAAGGUUGGCGUCGUCUGCACCCGCUACAACGGAUGUGUCAAGCCCUGCGAGGCUGGAGAGGUUGGCGAGGGCGAGCUCGAGCCUUUCUGCAAAAUCAAUGGCGAUGACUGGAGCUAA